GAGAGAAAAUGGCGGCGGCGGCGGCGGCAGCGGCGGCGCCUCAGCAGCUAUCGGAUGAAGAGCUUUUCUCCCUGCUCCGCCGUUACGGCCUGUCUCCUGGCCCAGUGACGGAGAGUACCCGCCCAGUCUACCUCAAGAAAUUGAAGAAGCUUCGAGAGGAAGAACAGCAGCAGCAGCACCGGUCGGGGGGCCGCGGCAACAAGACGCGGAACAGUAAUAACAAUAACACUGCAACCGCCACGGUCGCAACCGCGAAACCGGCGCCGGCGGCCGUGGGCAUGGGUGUCCGGCUAGUCUCGGGCGACCUCUCUUACUUACGGACCCCGGGGGGCCUGGGCCGAAUAUCGGCCUCAGGCCCGGAGAGCCCUUCUGGAGGGCCUGGGGGCGCCUCCUCCGCCCCCACGGCUGGCAGCAAAGUGCUGCUGGGUUUCAGCUCCGACGAGUCGGACGUGGAGGCCAGCCCCCGAGACCAGGCCGGCGGCGGGAGGAAAGACCGGGCUGCGCUCCAGUACCGCGGGCUCAAACCGCCGCCGGCCCCCCUGGCCGCCAGCGAGGUGACUAACAGCCAUUCGGCCGAGCGAAGGAAGCCCCACUCGUGGUGGGGGGCCAGGAGGCCGGGGGCUCCCGAGCUGCAGACCCCGCCGGGGAAAGAGGGAGCCGCGGAGGACGACGACGAGGAGGGAGAAGACGGAGAAGUGCGAGACCCAGAGACCGAGGAGCCCCCGUGGCCGAGCCGGACCGUGAAUGGCAGCCGGCUUCUCCCCUACAGCUGCCGGGAAAACUAUUCGGACUCGGAGGAAGACGAGGACGACGACGUGGCCGCCACCAGACAGGUAUUAAAGGACGACUCCCUGUGCCGACAUCGGCCCCGACGGAGCCAUAGCAAGCCCCUCUCCCCGCUGGCUGCUCGAGCUGCGGGCGGCCGGCUGGAGCCCGCGGGUCCGGGAGGGGGAGGACUCGCGAUGAAUGACAGGGCGGCGGCCACCGGGAGUCUAGACAGGAGCCGAAACCUCGGAGAGGCGGCGGCGGCGGGGGAGCCGGGAGGAGGGUGUGAGCCCCUGGACGCCAGCCCCGGCCCUCGAUUCCGCGGGAACGCUAAGAAACUGGCCCCGCCACUCGGUGACCUGGACGCCACCUUGGAUUCGGCACCCGGCGCCCUCCGGAAGACCACUAAUCAUGUCGGCGGUGGGGCCUUCAGUGCGGACUCCCCCAGGAUUUAUCCUAACAGCCUCUCGCCCGCUGUGGCCGUGGCCGCCCCUGGCGCGCUCAGACUCAAUCACUCCAACCACACGGCCGCCAACCACAGCCCCCUGAAAACCGCGUACAAGCAGCCCAAGCUCUCGGAACCGGAGGAGGAACUUCUCCAGCAGUUUAAACGCGAGGAGGUGUCCCCGACGGGAGGCUUCAGUGCCCACUACUUGUCGAUGUUUCUCUUAACUGCUGCCUGCUUGUUUUUCCUUAUUUUGGGCCUCACUUACCUUGGAAUGAGAGGGACGGGAGUAGCCCAGGAAGAAGGACUCAGCAUAAAAAACUCAUUUGAUGAAACCUUUGGAAAAAUACACGAAAAUGAAAAAAAUCUUAUGAUGAGCACAUUAUACAAACUUCAUGAUCGAUUGGCACAGCUUGCAGGAGAUCAUGAAUGUGGCAGUUCUAGUCAGAGAACACUUUCUGUUCAAGAGGCAGCUACCUAUUUGAAAGAAUUAGGUCCUGAAUAUGGAGAUAUAUUUAACACCUCAUUGCAGUGGAUUUUAGAGAAUGGAAAAGAUGUUGGUAUAAGGUGUGUCGGUUAUAACCCUGAUGAAGAAUUGACAGAUAUAAUUGAUGUGCAGUUUUUACAAUCCACAAGUCCACAGAUGUCUUUCUGGUGUCGUUUUCGACGUGCUUUUAUUACUGUAACCCACAGGUUAUUAUUGUUGUGCUUAGGUGUAGUGAUAGUGUGUGUGGUUCUGCGCUACAUGAAAUAUCGCUGGACAAAAGAGGAAGAGGAGACGAGGCAGAUGUACGAUAUGGUGGUAAAGAUUAUAGAUGUUUUACGAAGUCAUAAUGAUGCUUGCCAGGAAAAUAAAGAUUUACAACCCUACAUGCCUAUUCCACAUGUGCGAGAUUCCUUAAUACAGCCUCAUGACAGGAAAAAAAUGAAGAAAGUCUGGGAUAGAGCUGUUGACUUCCUUGCUGCUAAUGAGUCUAGAGUUCGCACAGAAACACGAAGAAUAGGUGGUGCAGAUUUCCUGGUGUGGAGGUGGAUCCAGCCUUCUGCAUCCUGUGAUAAAAUAUUAGUAAUACCUUCUAAAGUAUGGCAAGGUCAAGCAUUUCAUUUAGAUAGAAGAAAUUCACCACCAAAUAGUUUGACACCAUGUCUAAAGAUUCGAAAUAUGUUUGAUCCAGUUAUGGAAAUAGGAGAUCAUUGGCAUUUGGCAAUUCAAGAAGCAAUUUUAGAAAAAUGCAGUGAUAAUGAUGGCAUUGUUCAUAUUGCAGUAGACAAAAAUUCACGUGAGGGUUGUGUAUAUGUUAAAUGUCUAUCUCCAGAAUAUGCUGGAAAGGCUUUUAAGUCAUUGCAUGGCUCUUGGUUUGAUGGGAAAUUGGUUACAGUAAAAUAUUUACGACUAGAUAGAUAUCAUCAUCGCUUUCCCCAAGCUCUUACUUGCAACACUCCCUUGAAGCCAUCAAAUAAACAUAUGAACUCUAUGUCUCAUCUUCGUCUUCGGACUGGCUUAGUCAGUUCUCAAGGAGGUUCCUGAAAAGUCUUUCUACUACACCUAGGACUGUUAUUUACAAUAGGAAAAUUCCUGUUUGGCUUCCUGUCUUCCUUUUUAAAUGCUUUUUUGUAUGUAAUAUUUUUAUUAAUGAGUACAGCUCUGUUUGAACGUUACAGAAAUCUUAAAGUUCCAAAGGGACUUAGCAGUGAGGCAGCAAUGCUGAGUAGAUAGAAUAAUUGUUCCAUUCAGUUUUUGGAGCUCAGUUAAGCCAAUGCAUUUAAAGUUUUGCAUGAGGAACAUUGACUUUA